UUUCAGAUCACGCCGAUCAAAUCGGGGUGUGAUUCUGUGGGACUACUUUCUCAAUUCAUUUCAACUUUAAAGCAGUCUUGGUUCGUAUCGCAUUUGGAUACGUAUCACAAGGAGUGUAAACUUGCUGUGUGAUGGUAGUUGUUAUUUACUCACUGCAAAGGGUUUUCAGCCUGAACGCAGAAGUUGGAGAAUACUGCCGAGCACAGCACUACUGAAUUGUGUCUUUGUGUUUUUUACAGCCCGUGAAACUUAGCUACGGUGAAAGUUUUACUGUUUGCGCAGGUGCAAUAACUAAGCAGUAUUGCAAAGAAUUAUUCCCAACAUACGGUUUUUUAAUUAUUGCUCUCAGGUAUAUUUACUGGUGGAGUCAUUUACUCGGUAAUUGUGUGGCUACGAAAAUAAGUUCGAAAGGAAAGAAGCAACGCUUUUUGUGUAAUAGCAAUUUGGUGCCCAUUGUGAGUUAUGAUAGCGGGAGAAAGGAGAAUGGAGUCAUCAACUGCCAGACGACCAACUCCAGCAUAUUUCAAGCCAGCGCCUAGCGAAAUUCAGUAUGGUAGAAUGAGGUUUUUAAUCACUGACCGACCAUCUGAUUUAACAAUCAACACUUACAUCGAAGAACUUGAAAAGCAUAAUGCUCGAGCAGUAGUUAGGGUAUGUGAACCAACAUACGCAACGACACCACUGAUCGUGAAUGGUAUUGAUGUACUCGAUUGGGAAUUCGAUGAUGGUAGUGCACCACCUCCUGAGUUGAUCACGAAGUGGUUAUCUUUAGCAAAAGAAAGUUUCAAACUGUAUCCAAAUCAAUGUAUUGCUGUGCACUGCGUAGCAGGAUUGGGUCGAGCUCCAGUACUUGUAGCUAUCGCGCUUAUGGAAGCCGGUAUGAAAUACGAAGAUGCUGUUGAUCUCAUCAGGCGACAUCGAAGAGGUGCUCUUAAUCAAAAACAACUGAAUUUCCUUCAAAAAUAUAAACCAACGGGACAACUACGAAAAUUGCGGUAUAGCGUGGACGGAAAGCCAGCGAGAUGUUCUCUGAUGUAGAUUACCAUCCAUGUGAUAUAUCUUAUCCAAACACAUUAUUUCACCUCAUUUCUACGUUUGAAAUCAAAUUCUAGUCCUUGAGAGAAAUUUCUUUUCAACGUAAAAUCUUGGCUGCAAGCCAUUCAGAUUACAAACGAUUAGUGAAUUUUCUUCAAAGGACCAUUGUGGGAUAAGGAUUACAUGUAUAUAAUAUUAAAAAAAGUCAUUAGAUCAUGAAAAAAUGAAGGUAGGAAAGCAUUCCCAAGAAAAUAAAGUAAUUUCCGCUCUCUAUAUGGAAAAGUAGCGCUGAUCAGUAAUGAUUCCCGUGUUUCUCUGGUGAAUGCUCGAAAAAGCAAAGGUUUUCCGCAGAUUGAGAAACACUGCGUCGAUGCCAUCAUUUUUAUCUGCUACGGUUAUUCUUUGGCUUUUUGCCCUCGGUAUUAUCCACUGUAGUGGAAACAGUGGAAGUUUACUAACAUUUUAUGCGUGAAUCUAUCCUGAUAGAUCCACGCAUAAAACCAUUCACAACUUCAUUUGUAAAAUUUUUAAUGCCUUCCUCUGAGAAGUCAAAAAACUCUUAUCGUUACUGAUUUCGAUUCGUUCAUCUGGGC